AUGGCUCAAAGAAAAAAUCAAAUCAACUUUAUUGUUAUUGGUAAUGUCAAUUCUGGUAGAUCGACUACAAUUGAUCAUUUUAUUUCGAAGUAUACCAAUGUCGACAAUGGAUCAACUAAAAUAGAUAAAAAUCUAUUAGAGACAUUAAAAAUAAAAUACGAAUGUGGUGAUCUUAUCGAUUAUUCUCUAUGGACAUUUGAAACUAUGAAGAAUUCCAUUACUAUUAUUGACACAUCGGGUCAUCAUCGUUUUAUUAAAAAUAUGAUCAUGAAUUCAUUACGUAUUGAUUGUACUAUGCUUAUAGUGAGUGCUGCCAUUGAUGAGUUCGAAGUAGGUUUUUACGUGAACGGACUAAUUUGUGAACAUAUUCAACUUGUCUGUGCAUUGGGUGUUGAACAAAUAAUCAUUGCGGUCAAUAAAAUGGAUAGAACAGAACCAUCUUUUUUCGAAAAACGAUUUGAUGAAAUAAAAAUAAAAAUCAGUAAUUACAUCGAACAGAUUGGAUAUCAACCAUCGACAAUUGUCUUUGUUCCUAUUUCGGCUUUGUACGGUGAUAAUUUGAUUGAAGUUUCAAAAAAUAUGCCAUGGUUUACAGGAUGGAAGAUCGAGCACAACGAACAACAUAUCAUGGGAAGAACUAUUUGGGAAGCACUUGAUGCGAUGAUUCUUCCUAAUCAAUUUAUAAACAAACCUUUACGAUUACCUUUGUCAGAGAUAUAUAAGAUUGGUGGCGUCGGAACUGUACCCAUGGGUCGAGUAGCAACUGGUAUAUUGAAACCAAAUAUGAGCAUCAAUUUUGCUCCGUCAAAUCUAACGAGUAAAGUGAAAUCAUUUGAAACAAGUGGAGUUUUUGAUGGAGCGACACCUGGUGAUAAUGUUGGUUUUAGUGUAGAAGGUAUAAGUUUUGAACAAUUACAACGUGGUUUUGUCUGUUCUGAUUUAAAGAAUGAUCCAGCUGGAGAAGUAACAAGUAUUAUUGCAUACAUUGUCGUACUCAAUCAUUCAAUUCGAAUCUAUCAAGGUUAUUCAUCAAUAUUGUGUUGUCAUACAGCUUGUGUUCCAUGUGAAUUUGUCGAACUAUUUAAAAAACUUCAUCGACGAUCGGGUAAAAUAACUGAACUGAUGCCCAAGUAUAUAAAGUCAACAGAAGCAGCUAUUGUCAGAAUAAUUCCAAGAAGUCCAAUAUGUGUCGAAAGAUUUGCUGAUUAUCCGCCUUUAGGUCGUUUUUUUAUUCGAGAUACCGAAAAAAUAGUGGCUGUUGGUAUUAUCAAAGAAAUUGAAAAGAAGGAAUCAACUAUACCUGAUCAAACAAUUCAAAACAAACGACGAAAACAAUAG